AGUAAUAAUACGGAGUGCUCCCAAACAUGCCCGAAGUCGGCCCGUCCAUUUUCCUCAGUAGGGUAUCGUUGCAGAAGCUGCAAAUUCUGAAAACCAUGGCAGACGGAUCCAUGGAGUUGACCGAGCUCCACAGAAAGUCAACCAACUGGGCUAAAACAGUGGAUGAAAUAGUAAAGCUAGAGAAGAAGAUCUUCCCCAAGCACGAAUCACUCGCACGAUCUUUCGACGAUGAAUUGAAGAAGAAGAACAGCGGUUUGCUCUACUUGCAAUUCAAUAGCGAAAUUGCUGGUUACGUUAUGUAUACAUCACCUUCUUCACUCUGUGCCGUCAUCACUAAACUCGCAGUGAAGGAGAAGUAUAGGAGACAAGGGCAUGGGGAGGCACUGAUGAAAGCAGCAAUAGAAAAAUGCAGGAGUAAACGCAUAAACCGUAUAUCACUUCAUGUGGAUCCUUUAAGAAGUUCAGCAGUCAGUCUAUACAAGAAACUUGGUUUUCAAAUCGACACUCUGGUAACAGCUUAUUAUUCUUCCGAUCGUGAUGCAUAUAGAAUGUUCAUAGACUUUGAUAACGAGUAGCUAGCUAUUAAACUCAAAAGGCGAGUGCCUAAGUUUUGUACUAAGUUUUGAUAACGGAUAACAUGCUGGUACCACAAGAUUUUGGGAAGAGAGGUGUUGAAGCCCAAGUAUUCCAUUUUUAAUCCAGGAAUAAUGGAUUUUAAUAAUCCAAACUAUUAGCCGCUGGCCGACAACGGUCCAAACUUCAAAAAUAACUAGUGGUGGUCCCACCUUUUCACAUUUUGUAAACUAACGGACUUUUACUAACAUAACCUUAAUUUCUUUCUGUCCUCUUGUCGUUUUCGGUUUAGUAAAGGUCCAUUGGUUUACAAUAUAUCAAAAGAUGGGACCACCACUAGUUAUUUUUGAAGUUGGGACCGUUACCGGCCAAUGGCUAAUAGUUAGGAUUAUUAAAAUCCAUUAUUCCUUAAAUCCAUUACUUCACAUCCAAUCAUAUGCAGUAACCUCAUGCCACCCCAUUGUGAAGAAGAAAUUGAAAUAUGAUAAUGUGACAUUGAUGUGAAGAAGAGAAGGUUGUGAGAUGAGUCGGAAGAAAUGUAUCUAUACCAUGUAGCUUAAGAGUCGAUAAAUGUCUAUCAACUCUACGUUCAUAUACGUCAACACUCACUAUAUCAACAUCUUCUUACGAAUUC